AUGGAUAAAAUGAUAGACACGCCGGGUAGUUUAGAUUUAAUGGAGGUUAACAUAACUCCUGAAAAUGUUAUUGAACAGCUUGAGAUGGCGCUUGAUAGUUUGCAUACUUCGCGGUAUUCGUUUGUCGACGAUGCAAGUGUUGGAACUUUGAUAAAAUCUACAGAGAGCAAAAACACACGGAAAAAUACCAAUAGGAGUAAAGCGACUUUUAAUGACUGGAGAGGAAAACAGAUGACGAAAACAAAGUGUGCUAUUCCUGAAUUGCUGAACUUCACGGCUAUGGAUAUAAAUCAGUGGUUGAACAAAUUUGCAAUUGAAACUCGCUGGAAAGAUGGCAAACCUUACCCUCCAAGAACACUGUACAUCUUAUGUGUCGGUUUAUUCAGGUGUCUCAGAGAAAAUGGUGUCAAUUUGAACUUUUUAGAUGAACGUGAUUCCAGGUUUUAUGAAUUCAGAUGCGCCCUUAGUGCAAGAAUGAUAGAGCUUACCGCUCAAGGGGUGGGAACUACAACAAAACAAGCCGAGCCCAUAUAUCUAAAGAAACAGAAAAAAAACAUCUCUUGGAUAAGGGCCUUCUAG